AUGGCCAAGUGGCUUAAAGAUUACUUGAGUUUUGGGAGCAGGAGAUCUCCCCCGCAGCCCCCCAAACCAGACUACACUGAGAGUGAGAUCUUGAAGGCCUAUCGGGCCCAGAAGAGCCUGGACUUUGAGGAUCCUUAUGAAGAUGUGGACAGCAAACCUGAGCCAGACCCUGGAGGGUCCCCAAACAAGGUGUCUGCUGCUAGCAGCAAUUUGGAAGGAAAGUAUGGCUCUCCGAAACACCGGCUCAUCAAAGUGGACUCCUCCGAUCUCAACAAGAGCAAAGUUCUCUUGGCCACUGCUGCGGAAGACCCCCCUGGUGAGAGUGAGUAUUCGGACCCCUUUGAUGCUCACCGAGAGCCGAAAGAAGAUGGGGAGGAGGAUAUGGGACUGGAAAACAACGGCUACAUGGAACCCUACGAUGCCCAGAAGGUGGUGGCUGCUCUUCCUGGCUUGGGUCUGCAGCUGUACGACACCCCCUAUGAAGAGAAGGAACUGGAUGCGGACCUGGAGGGCUCCUCUGCUGAGAAGCCCCGUGAGAGCCGCCUGCCCCAGGAUGAUGAACGGCCAGCGGAUGAGUAUGACCAGCCAUGGGAGUGGAAGAAGAACCACAUUUCUCGGGCUUUUGCAGUGCAGUUUGAGAACCCUGAGUGGGAACGGACGUCCUCGAUUUCCUCCAGUUCAAUGGCACACAUGGAGCGUUGCCCUGAGGGCAGCCCUCCUGCAGCGGAGCGCGUAGACCCCUCGCUACCCCUGGAGAAGCAAGCGUGGUUUCAUGGCACAAUCAGCCGAGCGGAUGCCGAAGCCCUCCUGACCCUCUGCAAGGAAGGCAGCUACCUUGUACGGAACAGCGAGACCAGCCGUAGCGACUACUCCCUGUCACUCAGGAGCAGCCAAGGGUUUAUGCAUAUGAAAUUUACCCGGACCAAGGAUAGCAAGUAUAUUUUGGGCCAAAACAGUGCUCCUUUCGACAGUGUUCCCGAGGUGAUCCAUCAUUACACUGCGCAAGAGCUGCCCGUCAAGGGUGCUGAGCACCUCUCUCUGCUCUAUCCUGUUGCUGUUCAGACUCUGUAA